AUGAAGUGGCUUUCACUCGCUCUCGCGCUCGCCGGGCCGUCGCAGGCCGCGCUGCGCUUCGGCUGCUCGACGGUGAGCAUCCAGCGGCUCGACCCGCUCGUCGAGCCGGGCAAGAUCCCGUCGUCGCACGUGCACCAGAUCGUGGGCGGCAACGGCUUCAACGCGACGAUGGAGGGCGACAUCUCGCAGAAGGCGACGUGCACGACGUGCACCUUCUCCGAGAACUUCUCCAACUACUGGACCGCCGUCAUGUUCUUCAAGCACCCCAACGGCACCUACAAGCGCGUGCCCAUCAUGCAGAACACGGCGCUGCCCAACGGCAUCAACGGCGGCAUGACCAUCUACUACACCCAGCAGGACUUCAACUCGAACGGCAACCAGAAGAUCACCGCCUUCAAGCCAGGGUUCCGAAUGACAGUCGGGUCCCCGACGUACAGCGCCGCGCCCGGGUCCAGCGGCAAUCCGGGCCUGCGGUUCGUGUGCCUCCAGAACAAGGGCACGCGCUUCCCCGAGCUGCCCAACUUCCCUACCAAGCCCUGUCCCGGCGGCAUCAUGACCGUCCACCACUUCCCAUCCUGUUGGGACGGCAAGAACCUCGACUCGCCGGACCAUCAAUCCCACAUGUACAACACGGUCCGCGAAGCCUUCACGCCCGCGGGCCCUUGCCCGGCGUCGCACCCGGUGCGGAUGCCACAGCUGGCGUUCGAGACGCUGUGGGACACGACCCAGUUCAACAACAUGUGGCCGACGACCGACGGGAGCAGCCAGCCGUUCGUGCUGAGCUUCGGCGACAAGGUCGGCUACGGCACGCACGCCGACUACGUGUUCGGCUGGAAGGGCGACGCGCUGCAGCGGGCCAUGGACUCGAGCUGCAUGUUCAACGCGUGCGAGAACGGCCGGCCGCUCAAGAGCCAGUCUGUCGCGGACAUGAAUCGCUGCGCGGUCAAGAGCCAGGUGAAGGAGGAUCUGGAUGGCUGGCUGAAGGAACUCCCUGGUCAGGGAUCCAUGCCGAUGUAAAGACGGAGCGAGCGGCGCGUGUGACCUUUGGUCGACGCGACGGAUUGGGAUUGAGAGAGAUGAGCUUCUGUUGUGGAGAGUGUUGGACAUUUGUGUGUCUUGCUCUUAUACUGUGUGCCCUAUUCUCCCUGCGUCAGCCACCUGCGUAUGCUUCACUCGUUCGAUACCAAACUGUCGAUAAGUAACGGCCCAUGUCACCC